AUGUAUGCGCAGGUAAAGGCCCCGCGCAUACGCUCGCUCAUCUCCGAGUCGCGCCCAGAAGAGAACGAGGUGCGCUCCGAAGCGCAGUUCCAGCGGCUCGUAGCGUCGCGCUGCGACCUGCCCUCCGUGCCGAAGACGCCGCGUGCCCCCUCAGACCGCGGGCGCUACCCUGAAGAGGCGGAUACUGAGGAGCCGCAACGCGAAGACACGCCGAGUGAUGACGAUGGUGACUUCGACGACUCUGUGCCGUUCUCGUACGUGGAGCCGAUCGGUAUCGCGAAGCCGGUGACGCCUGCGCAGAGUGUCAACGGGGACGAUAUAGGGAUGCUAGAGAGUCCGGGAGGUAUGGCUAUGGAUAUCGACCAAAACCUACAGGCGUCAUCUAUGGGUUCUCCUAUCAUGUCUUCAUGGAGGCAUACACCACCACCAACGUCGUCCGUUGCGCGCAAUAACAAACGAAAAUUGGACGACCGAUAUGACCCAUAUCCCACCACAAAGCGGCGUGCAGUAUCUCCUUCCAUCAGUCAUCUGCGAGAGAGCCAGUUGUCGCUGUUUAACCCACGUACUCCUGUUGGUACCCCGCGUCUCGUCAUGCCAACCCCCAUUCCAAUACCGACAGGACCAAGUUCUGCCACCUCUUCACCCAUCGUUGGUCCAUCUUCAUAUUUCUGCCGCGGACCUCACAGCGCCCUGUCCAGCCCAACUUUACGCGCACAGAUGCUCUCUAGCCCCGUGCUCAGACCCAUCCUGCCCCGGCCGCGUCGGCAGGGAGAUAUGGAUCGGGAGGAGCGAGAGAUCGAUGGUGCUGGCGAAGGCGUCGGUGAUCUGACCCUGGCUUAA